AUCAUGCUUCACUGUUAGUUCAAAUUUCAAAAUCCACUCCUUACUCUUCCCUUCUCUCUCUCUCACACACUCUCUUGCUUCCUUCCUUAUCAAUUUACACUCUUUUUUUUAAAUAAUUAGAAAAAAUAGAGAAAAGGAACGUUAUAAUUACUGGUUCUUCUGAAUGAUAUGCGCUGGUUAGGUCUGAUUCUGAGAUUCGUGUCCGAUCCUUCUACCGCGCCACCAUGGGUAGCUUCUUUUCUUGCUUUAGAGGCCGUGACAACCGUCACCUUCCCACUACUGCCACCACCGCCACCACCGCAGCGCUUUCUCGUCAGUCCAAAACCAACGAUGCUGUGGUCUCUCGAAAUCGGCUGUCUACUUUGUUUCUCUCUGAAGUGAGAGAAGAAUCUGCUUGCAAUGAAGGGAAGAGUUUUGGUACAGGAUCUCAGAUUCAUGAGAAGGGACAUAAUGAUGAGGCCAUGUUUCUCAAAGCAUCUGAGAAGCUGAAAGUAUCAUCUUCCUGUGGCAAAGAUUCUGAGCCUUCAAGGUUUCAUUCUUGGCGUCCCAACACGUCAGCCGAUAAAGUUCGGCUAGAUAAUCAACCAUUCAACCCCCCAACUCCCAAGAAAUGUUCUGAAGAUUGGGGGAAAAGAACAGAUUCUUUAGAACAAACAGCAAGCAGCUGUAUCUCCAAUACACAAAAUACUGGACGUGACUCUCUCGACUCUAGUGAAGGAAGUAAGACAGGGAACCUUCAUGCUUCAGAACCCCCAAAUAAGGAGGGUGAAUAUAAAUUAUCACCUUAUCCCAUCCCUUUGAAGCUACCUGAUGAAAUGCAAACACCAGGAACUGUCUUUGAGACAGCUCAGUCGCAAUUUCGGUAUCCCAAGCAAGCAGAGAAUGAAAAAUCAAAGGAAGUCUUGAAUGAAAAUGAAUCAAAGGUGGAAGAAAGCUUGUCUUCAUGGCUGAAGCCGGCGUCAGUAAUUCUAGAGGAGAGAAACAAGAGAAUGGAAAUGGCGAAUAGUCAUAUUCGCAAAGCUCCAUCUGAUAGGCCUAUCAUUGGAAUGGUUGCUGCGCAUUGGAACGAAGACGAGGAAUCUCAUUUUCCUCCUCCUAAGUGGUGGGAUGGUAAUGGGAUACCAAACUCAACCAAUAAGUACAAGGAAGAUCAGAAAGUGAACUGGCAUGCAAUGCCAUUUGAAGAAAGGUUGGAGAAGGCGUUGUCUGAAGAGAGUUCCAUAUCUCAAAGGAAGGAUUUUUGUGGAAAACCAAUUGCUUUUAAUGAGAAUGAAGAAAACGACACAGCAGUGUCUCAGUUUCAGUCAUCACCGCAUCCCCAAUCCGUUGUGUCAUUCUAGUCAUUUAGAGUUGUCAAUCAAAUAGUGUUCUAUUCUUGUGUUUGGCAUUUGAGGAAUGGAAACUGAAUAGACCUGGUUCAACAUGUUGAUCGGUUGGAACAAGUAAUUGGUUAUACAAAUUUUUAUAGUAACAUGAAAUUGUCAAGCAGUGUGCCUCCUCUGCUUGCAUUGUACAUAAGUCAUGAGAAUUAUUGCGUUAUAUAAUGGAUAUUUGGAAUUUGCUAA